CAUUAUAUUAAUCAUCAAAUAAUAUACUAUAUAUCUCCGAUCCUAUGGCGCUUUUCCGAUUGGUUGUUGUUGUUGCUGCCCUUUUGGUGUUGGGGGCGUGGGCAUCUCAAGCCACUGCCCAUACCCUCCGCCAUGUCAACAAGUUUACUAAUGGUUUGUCCCCAAGACAACGUCGUCAACAGAGCACCGAUGCCGAAACCGCCUACGACGAACAAUACAGAAUUCAUAAUGCUGUGAACUUUGAGCGGCCGAGUUCAAAGUCCCGGGAAUCUGAAAUUACAAAACCCAUGGACAGGUUUAGAACUAAGCCUAAUUCCCCAUUUUCAAAACCCAUCGGCAUGUUUAAUCAGCCUUCCCCAUUUUCAAAACCCAUCGGCAUGUUUAGAACUAAGCCUAAUUCCCCAUUUUCAAAACCCAGUGACAUGUUUAAAUCUCUGGAGACCCCAGUGGCUGAACAACCAGCACCGGUGAAUUGGGGACUACCGCCACAAAUGCCGUGAUGAAUUAUAUAUCCUCAUACUUGCAUACUUGCAUGGCUUCCUAUUUCUGAAUGUUUGUUUUUUAUGUUCUAUAUAUGCAUGGUACGGUUGUCUCUACAUUCUACUGUACUCAUCACUAUCUUUAUUUCAGUUAAUGGAGUUGAAUAAACUACCUGUCGUUUAAGUUUU